AUGAUCAAUCCAGGCAUCAUAAAUCAUACAAUUCCCUCCAAACGCGGCAAGAACUCCCGAGCGCUCGAAGUCAGUGGUAUGCCAAAAAUCAACGAGGAAGAAUUCAACGAAUCCCUUGUUCAAAUCCCACUCCUCACCGAAGAGAACUAUCCGGAAUGGGUCUUAAGGAUGAAGAUCUAUUUACGACACUGUGAACUACUCGGAAUUUGCACUACCCCACCACCCCACUCACCCGAUGCAGAUUACAAGAAGAAAAUGUAUGAAGCGGUCAAUAUUAUCACUGGAAGAUUAAGCAGCUCGAGUUUUAUGGAAGUGAUCGACACUGAGAACGAAGUGAACCCUUACUUGAUGUGGCAGAAGAUUAAUUCUCAUUUCGGGAUGAAAUCGGCGGCCAUCAAAGCGAAGGUUUGGCUCGAGUUUACGCGACUUCCGUUCGAUGGCGACCUCAAAUCAUUCACCAACGCCUGCCGCCAAAGCCUACGUGAAGUCCACUCAGUCGACCCUCAAAUUCCGCUCGACGUCUUGGUCUGCUGUAUCUUAGGCAAAAUUCCCAAGCGAUAUCAUCACAUUGUCGAUCCUCUAAUACAUGACCAAUGGAUAAUGACAAGUCCUUAUAAUACCCUCGCCCGGAUCGAACAAUUUGAUCCAAGACAAGACCCCAAAUCCGUUUAG